AUGGCGGCCGAACUGGUGGAAGCGAUGAACAUGGUCAAAAGUUUCCGGGUCUCAGACCUGCAGACGCUACUGGCCUCAAUGGGUCGCAGCAAAAGUGGGUUGAAGCAGGACCUGGUGGGACGUGCGCUGAGGCUGGUGCAGACCGAAUACAGCCCGGAGCUGCUGAAGAACGUCAGGCAGCUCUAUGAGUCGCGCUUCCCCAAAACAUCUGGCUGGCUGGCAGCACGGCGUCCAGAGGGCAUCCCAGUAGCCUAUUCAUCCCUCAGCUCUUCCCCCACUGCCACCUCUCAGGGCGCAGACUACCUCAACGGCAUCUCCAAACCAAUCCCCACACCUGCAGCAGAGGUCAAGCUGGUGCCACUGCCCUUCUACCAAACUUUGGAGACCCUGUUGUCACCGACACAGCUAAUUGCCCAGAACAAUGAGAAACUGCAGGACAGUCAAUGCAUAUUUGAGUUAACACCGAACCAGGCAGACCAGAUCAGAAAUGCAAGUGAGCUUCGCCCUGGAAUCAGAUCGAUCCAAGUUGUUCUUAGAAUCUGUUACACGGACUCCAUUGGUGUUCAAGAAGACCAGUAUCCUCCUAAUAUUGCUGUCAAAGUUAACCAGUCCUACUGUCAUGUGCCGGGCUAUUACCCCUCUAAUAAACCUGGUGUUGAACCUCGUCGUCCUUGUCGUCCUGUAAACAUUACUCCCUGGUUACAUCUUUCCAAUGUUACCAACAGAGUCACCGUCACCUGGGGAAACUUUGGCAAGCGGUACUCGGUGGCAGUGUAUUUAGUGAGGGUGUUCACUGCAGCAGACCUCUUCAGCCAGCUCAAACUCUGCUCUGUUGAGAGUGCAGAACGCUGUCGUGAACGCAUUCAAGACAAACUACGUUUCGACCCAGAGAGUGAGAUUGCCACCACAGGUCUGCGGGUUUCUCUCAUUUGUCCACUGGUGAAGAUGCGGCUUGGUGUGCCAUGUCGAGUUUUAACUUGCGCCCAUCUUCAGUGUUUCGAUGCAGUCUUCUUCCUGCAGAUGAAUGAGAAGAAGCCCACAUGGACUUGCCCUGUAUGCGACAAGCCGGCUCCCUUUGAGCUGCUCACUAUUGAUGGACUGCUAUCUGAGAUUCUGAAAGAGACAAAUGAGGACAUUGAGGAGAUUGAAUAUUUAACCGACGGCUCCUGGCGACCCAUCAGAGAUGACAAGGAGAGGGACAGGGAAAGAGAGCGCAGCAACACACCAGAGUACCCUGUUGUUGAUAUAUGCAUUCCUGAGGCAAACGGUCAUUCACCGGCCUAUAGCAGCACCAGUCUGACGGGAAAAUCUGGAAGCGGUUCGGUGGGGGCGGCAGGAGUCACAGGAGGAGCUGCUGUGGCACCGGGAGGAGGCGCAGUGGUAGAUCUGACUCUUGACUCCUCCUCUGAGGAGGAAGGGGGCGGGGCUGGCGGAGACAGUGACACUGAGGACAGCGCUGACAGUCCUGCCCCGAAGAGGGGCCGAUACAACUACGACAAGGACCUGGUCACUGCCUACUGACCCCGCAGCUCUGGCCCCUCAUAGACUGACACACACACAGAGACAGAGAGGCAGGGGGCUCAAAAACAUGAGGACAGGAACACAGUAAUCCACUAGAUGCAACGACCUUCCCUUACGCCCAAACAUCAGAGCCUUUUAGCAGCUCGGGUUUGUAUCCAGACAAAACAAACACACUCUCUAACAUGCACUGUCCAUGAAUCUCCAAUCUAGAGCGAUUAGGAUUCCUGUUUGUACUGUACACCACUGGAAGCAACUCUAACUCUUUUUGGCCAACCAUCAUCUUGCAGUGAAUAUCUGUACCGUCCUGCCUCUACUAAAGGGACUAAAUGGAUCGAGCACCCCCUCACGUCCAACACCUCCACCAACCCCUCCCCCCUCCCUCCUCUCUCCAGACUAUUUCCUCUCUACCACCCCAUCUCUCUUUGUAUUUGACUUGGAUUUACAGGCUCUUUUAGCCGCGGGCGUUCAAUGUUUGCGUCUCUGAUUUUUGUCACAUUUGUGAUGAACAGGCAAGUUGAAAAUGGAGGCACCUCAGUAGUUUUUCUUGUUUUUUUUGGUAAAAGGUCAAAAACAACUAAUGGAAACAGAACAUGAAUCAUGUGGGGAGGACAAGGCGGAGAUUUCUGGAGUGUGAUGCAAAUUUAAACCUCUCCCACUGUGUUAUUAUUUCUUUGUUCAGAGAAAGAAUUCAAAGCUUGAAAGGGUUUUUUUCAGGAAUUUAUCCUUUUUAAUUAUGAAAUGGCAGAACACAAUACUGGCCUCAAUGUGUGAAGCUUUCCAUUUUUAUUUUGUCCUUUAGAUAAAAGAGAACCUACCUCAGUCAUAAAAAAAACUUAGCAGACUGACCAGAGAAUAGCUUAGAAAGAAGUGGAGGACCGAUGAAUUGAUUGAGUCUUUCUAAAGCCAAUUUUACACUGGAGAUUUUGUUUUCCUACAUUUUUCUUUCUUUUUUUUUCUUCUUCUUCUUCUUUUUUUUUUUUGAAAUUCCAUCGUUCCAUGCAGCUGUUUCCUCUGGAGCUACCAAAUCGUUAAAGGCGAGUUUGUUUGUGGAUAACCCAGCUAAUUGUAGGUGUCAAAGAUGCAGGUGAUAAAACAUUGCUGCAGUUAUAGGUUUGAUGUAUCAGCAUUGCGUAUGGACGUAACUCAUCAAAAUUACUGUACGGCAACUGUGCCAAAGUAUUUUCAAUUUCAUCGACAGGAAAUGGUUAUGAGAUUUUGGUGCCUUUUUGGUAAUUAGUGAAGAAUGGAGCCCAUCGUUGUCAGGCUAGCUGAGCUGGCCAAACAGAUGAGAUCCCAUCCUGACAGGGAUUGUUUUAUUUCAUUGAUUAUUUUCCUUUUUUUUUUUUUUUUUUCUUUUCUUCCCACUGAGAGAAAUGGACAGAAGCAAAAGGAAUCUGUGGUAAAAGACAUAAAAGGUUCAGAAGUGCUGUCAUCCUUUUCGCCCACAUUUUAGUUUGUUUCUCUGAGAGAUUCAUAUUUAUUUAAUUGCCUCACAUUUUCUUAACAGUUGUUUGUAAUGAAUCUACAUAAUAUUUGGCAACAGUUGUGUACAGACGAGAGCUAUUAGUUGUGGAAAGCGGGACACUCCUGC